AUGGCGCGCCUCAAUACCCAUCUUUCUGCUACGCCACAAACACGCGCCUCUACCGUUGACUCCCUCUACCGCGACCCCUCCGUAGUGCCCCGAGCAGAGCAAAAUGGACGCACAUCUUCCUACUCAGUGAUCAGUCCGACCCGGUCCAUGAACUCAGACAAGGAGAACGAAUCACCUGCAACUCGCGAUAAUACCCCGCUGCGCGGCAAAUCAAGGGGCCUGAGGGUCGCGUCAGCGCGUAUGCCUACACCGGAUUCAGGCUCGACAGAAGGCAAUGGCAGCAAGAGAAGGCGCACAGACAACUACACCAUGUCCCGUUCACAAAUAUAUGACGACGAGCAGGAUGCGGACCAGGAUGACGAAGAGGACAGCAUCGACACGCCUUCACAGUCUCAUCUUCAGCCUGAGCAAGAGGAAGAGGGCCAUCUCAGGUUCUACAACCCUAACCAGGAUCCUGAGAAGCGAAGGCGGCUGCGUGCGACAAUGCGCGAUCAUCAGCGCAUGCUGGAUGACAAUCGCGAUGACCUCAUCAAGGCGCACGAUAGUGGCCUGCUUGAUGCCCUCAGAACGCAAAAUAGCCUUUUUGGCAAAGUGCGCCAAACAGCUGACGCUACUGUAGACUCCCGUUUCUUGGUUAACGCCAGUGACUUGGCAGGCAAAAAGCUCAACAACGCCUUGGGCAAUUACAGUGCAGGCAUCGAUCUAGACCAGUUCGUUUCCAAAUGUAUAUACUUCAUGAAAUCAGGGGGCUACGUGGCGGGAGACGAGGACGCACCAGCCAUGCCAGUGGGUGAUGACGAUGAUGAUGACCCAGAUGGUCUUGAUUGGGCAAUGUUAGGCCGAAGGGCAUGUUUUCCCUGCAACAAGCGGCCACCUACUGCCAGUUUUCUUCUUGGCCCAUUAUCAGUACAGAAGCGCAUUCGAUCAGCAACACAGCGGAGAGCUCGGUCCCAACGACAACCAGUCGGCCCUGCAACCCGGCCACAGGAGAUCAAGGAAGGCGACAUCCAGCAGAACGAAAAUAACAACCUCUCCAAUCUUGUCAAGGGCAUCCGAAAACGACUAAUCGAUCAUACCAAGCAAGGUGCAGACCGUGUGGAAAGCGAGCUCAGCGAGAUACCGGAGAGUGAGAUGGACGAUGAAUCGCAAAACGCCGCUUUCCGCCGAUACAGAAUGGCCAUGACUACAGAUGGAGAGCCUGCUGUUGAUUUACUCGAUUUCGCCAUCAAUCCGCACGACUUCGGCCAGACGGUAGAAAACUUGUUUUAUAUCAGUUUCUUGGUGAGAGAAGGCAAUGCCAAGAUCGUCAAGGAUGACGAUGGCCUUCCGUUACUGGUACCAGCAGCUCCUCGCGGCGUCUCGGAGCAACGAGAAGACAAUGUCCAAAAACAUCAAGCCGUCUUCAGCCUCGACUAUCCCACUUGGCGAAUGUUCAUUGAUGCUUACGAUAUUAAAGAGCCUCUCAUACCGCAUCGUGAAAAUGAAGAGGCAAAUGUCGGGUCGAAUGGCUGGUACAAUGGAUAA